UUCGUUGGUGUGUAUCAUAUUUUAUAGAUUAGUCACUCGUUUUUAUUUAUUCGCGCAAAUAAAUUUAAAAUUAAUAGUAAAUACUCAACAAAAAAUGGAUUUCAAUGUUAAAAAAUUAGUUAAAGAUGCUGGUGCUGCACUUAGUCGUGUUGUACAGUUAACAGAAGAAACACUCGGUACAUCUGAAAAAACAGAGCUCGAUGCACAUUUCGAGCAUUUAUCAGAACGAGCCAACACCACUAAAAUGUGGACCGAAAAAAUCCUUCGCGAUAUGGAAGCCAUGCUCACUCCAAAUCCCGGUAAUAGAAUCGAAGAUUUUUUUUAUGAAAAAAUUGAUAAGAAAAAACCAAAUCGCCUCAGUAAUUUGGAGUACGUUGGCAUUGAUAUGAUUGAAGCAGGAAAUGAAUUCGGUUCUGGAGUUGCUUAUGGCAGUGCCUUAAUAAAAGUUGGACAAUGCCAACAAAAAUUGGGUCAAAUAGAACGUGAUUUUAUUGGUACGGCAGCUAAUUGUUAUAUUCAACCUUUAAGAAAAUUUCUUGAUGGUGAAAUGAAGACAGUUAGCAAAGAAAUGCAUAUUUUAGAAAGCAAAAGACUUGACUUGGACGCUUGUAAAAAUCGUGUAAGGAAAGCAAGAAGUAUGAUUGGACAACAGAGUGACUCUGGUGUAUCACCAGAAGUUUUACUUGAUCAGGCAGAGAGGGAGCUGAGAAUUGCACAAUCAGAGUUCGAUAGACAAGCAGAGAUAACAAAACUAUUGUUAGAAGGCGUCGCGAGCUCACAAGCUGGACAUUUGCGUUGCCUCCAUGAAUUCGUAGAAGCCCAAGCCCGUCAUUAUGCUCAAUGUCAUGCAAUAAUGCAAGAACUGCAACGCGAAUUAGCUGGGGCACGUCAACCGAGUCCUCUUCUAAGAGUCAACAGUGAAGACGUCAUUGAAUUAACUCCUUCAUCAACAAACACACAAAAUUCGCCUAGCCAACAGUCAAUAACAUCAAAUUAUGUAACAGCGACUUUUGAAACAGACGAUUCUUCAAAAGUAUAAAAAAAAUAUCGUAACAAUAUCUCCGAUCGUAUGGAAAAAAAAAAUAAUUGUCUCUUAUCACUAGGGAUAAGGUUUUUGUCUUGAUUUCGAAAUGAAUGGUUUAAUUGUUUAAUAUUACCGCGAAAAUAUUGGUUUUAUCAGAAAAAUUUUCAAACAAAAGUUGUAGGAAAUUUAAUUUUCUGAAAAAAAUGUCUCUUAUGAUUUUUCUAUGCGACCAAUAUUUUCACCGCAAUUUCAAAAUUAAGAUUAAUAAUGAAUGAUUCAAAUUUCUGACAAUUAUGAAAAUCUUAAUUUUGAAAUUACGGCUUUCUCAUUAGCCCUAUCGA